AAUAAUCUCCAUUUCCAGUUUGUUUCCUGUUUCUAAACCCUCACUUCUCUUCUGUUUCUAAUUCAAAUCCUCUCUACUUCCCAUUUGAACAGAAUUCAGUUCCUUUCUUUCUCAAUUCUUAUCCUCCUCCAAAAAAGAAAAACAAACCCCAGACUCUCUUAACAAGACAAAAGACAGAGUAGUUAAAAGUCAGUUCAUCUACAACAUUUCUUGUAUGUUAUAACCUUUAAGAAAAAAGAAAACCUUCAGUGGAGUACAUUUUUCAUUAUUGUUGAAGAGAAUUGUCAAUACCAACUCAUAUCAAAAGGGUAUGGUGUGCUAAGGCGGUGGAAAGUGAUUGCCUCAUUGUGUAGGCGAUUUCUGUCCCUUUAUAUACUCUUCUUUCUUCUGUCUUUUUUCCCUAUAAAGUGAUGGAAACGGCGGAUAAUCCAAAGUUGGAUUUGCGUUCUUGUCAUUGUGAGCCUGGUGGAUUAUCAGAUGAAAAUAUGGGAACCCAGAAAAUUUCUGUUUUAGAUCAUAUAAAUGGAUUUGAAUACUCAGCUGAGAAAUCUGAUAACUUUGUUAUUGACAUGGAAAGCUUCUCCCAUGCCACCAAUAACAAAGAAGUUAACCCAAAUUCAAGAAUUACGUUUCAGAGAAGCCUUUCCAGAAAAGGGUCUCUGCGCAUGAGCGGCAGAGGCGGUGAUAAAAAGAUUAAUUCUAAUCCUUCUCCUAAUGAUAGAGAUGCUGCUGUUGCUACCUCUUCACCUAGAGUAGGGCCUGGCAUGCCCGAAAAGGGAUCGAUGGUAUCAGUUGGGACCGCUGAUCAUCCCAGCAGCAGUGCACAAGUUCAUCAUCAGAUCACCAUUACUACUACCAACAAUUUGAAUGCGUCAUCCACAGAAGGCAGAUGCACCAUCAGGAGGAACAGUUUCAAGCGUCCUUCACUUUCAUGGACCAUUGAUCCCAAAAGGGUUCUUUUCUUUUUCGCCACCUUAUCAAGCAUGGGAACGAUGUUGCUGAUAUACUUCACUCUUUCAAUUGGCAAGCUCGGGGCAGAUGACAAUGGUAUUGAUUGAUGCCACUACAUUAUCUUUCGCAGAUUAAGAACAUAGCUAUUGCACAUCAUUCAGAGCAGAAUGCGAGAUGGAAACAAAGAUGAAUAUAAUUUUGUGGUGGUGGUGAAGUUAUUUUUUGCAAGAAUAGGCUUAUUCUAAUGCGAAUUUCAGUGGAAAAAAGAAAAACAAAGAAAGGAAAAGAAAAAAGAAAAAAGGAAACAGCACGGAAAGAAAUCAGAAGAUAGCAAAAAGCAAACCGACCAUCCACCAUCUUGGAUACAACUUAGGGGUGCUUAACUUUUUCAGGAAAUUAUUAGUAAAAACUAUAGAGAUGAAGACAAGAACAUACAACAUUGUGACAAAGAGAAGGAAUCUUCUUUUCUUUAUAUGUAUGGAAGAGGAAAAAUGAUGAUUUGGUACAAUCCCAUAUAGCUUACUAGCUUAGUGGAGGACCAGAUGGUCCUCACCUUUUCUUUUUAAUUUACUUUUUUAUUUAACAUCCCAUACCUUUCCAAUUC